AUGGGGAACAGGGGAAUUGGCGGGUUCAAUUGGUACUGGUCUAGAUUGCCAGAGUCGGACGUGGAGAUUAAGGAGUGGCAGGAAUGCAGAGAGACCUUAAAUAAGGUGAUCCUUAACAAUUCUAAGGAUAGGUGGGUCUGGAAUGAAGAUAGUCAAGACGGAUUUUCGGUGAAGAUGGUUAAAACGGCUUUAAUCAACGAAAGGGGUAAUAGUCAGCUUCCUAAUUCUGAAUGGUGUAAAUGGGUGCCUAUUAAAUGCAACAUUGUGGCGUGGAGAGGUAAUUUGGAUAGACUUGCUACGAGAUUGAAUUUAAGAAGAAGAAAUGUUGAUAUCAUAUCUGUUUUGUGUCCUUUUUGUAACGAGUUUGAGGAAAUGGUGGAGCAUCUUUUCACAGCAUGUUCUAUGACGACGGGGGUCUGGGCGGGAAUAAGUGAGUGGUGUAAAAUUCCACCGAUAUUUAUUUUCGACUUCAAAGACAUAUUGGAUAUUCAUAACUAUUCUCAAGUUGGAAAAAAAGCCAAGAAAAUUAUUCAAGGCAAUGUCGGUGGUUCUGGUUAUAGUUAUGAUGCUGGUUCUGGUUAUAGCGAUGGCGGGACCGAUAAAGAUGGUAUCGGGCAUGAAAGUGAUUCCGGGGGCGGUGAAGCUCUUAUCAAAGGGUUUGGAUUUAGUUGA